AGUCAGUGCGCGCACACGUUCGCAUUGCUACCGUUGCAAUAAUACGCGGGUUAGCGGCGUCACGCAUGACAGGUAGCGCAGCGCAUACCUGUCUUGCCACUCCCCAUGCGUACGGGGAAUUUUCACGGCUGCGCAUGCGCGUGAUUGAAUGCUGGAAGCGCAGAUAUUCCCUUCGCUUGCGGUCUCGGCUAACGUCCAAAGUUCGCCUGUUCGCACGUACGUGCACGUAGAAACGAAGUCACAGGUCGUGGCAACCAGGCAAUCAUUCCUUAUCGUAUCAACCUACCCCUGCCACGUUCGAGGAUUAUUGAUUGAUUCGCUUCGUACCUCGACCUCUGUCGUGUUACGGUUAGGAGGUGCUGCCGCCGUACAGCUUUCGUUGAGGUCGGGAAAGCUUGCAUGGUAGUCGCUGGCGUGAAUACAUGCACUCCAAAGAUCAGCAGCAGACACCCACAGCACCGAUGCCUUUCUUUCAAAGAACUGUGAGCAGACUUCGACAGAGCUUGAGAUUUAAAAGACGGAGGAGUUGGCAGAGAUCCAGCAGUGGUGGUCCUGUUGGUGGAGACAAGCCUCCGCAGUGGCAGGUGGACGAUGGCUCUGUGCGAGCAGGUACCUGCUGCUUCCCAGUUAAGUACCUUGGCCACACAGAGGUGUAUGAAUCACGUGGUAUCGCGAUCUGUGAGCAAGCAUUCAAAGCACUAAAGCAUCAACGUAGAAAGAAGAUAAAAUCUGGACUUCAUAUCAGUGGGGACGGUCUGAGAGUAGUGGAUUCACGCAACAAGGCACUGAUAGUGGACCAGACGGUAGAGAAGGUGUCUUUCUGUGCCCCAGACAGGAACUAUCCUCACGGCUUCAGCUACAUUUGCCGUGAUGGCACUACCCGAAGAUGGAUCUGCCAUUGCUUCAUGGCCAUUGGAUACUCGGGGGAGCAGCUGAGCCAUGCUGUGGGCUGUGCCUUCACGGUGUGCUAUGAGAAGAAGCAGGCGCUUGAGAAGGAAGCUGUGCGAGUGCAAUUCAGCAAGGAUCAGACUAGCUUCACACGCCUCGGAUCGUUCCGCCAGGUAUCCAUAACGGAACGAAUGCUCGACCCACAGGAGGUGAAACCUGCAGAGCCGGUGCCGUCGCGAGAGGUGGACAACCCGUUUGCGGUGGCGCGGCCGCGGGCCACCGCAGAGAUGCUGGAGCGGCAGGGCUCGGCGCGAUUCGGACACAUCAACGACACGGCGCCGUUCAAGCGCAACCUGUCGCUGCGACUCAACGAGCUUCCGUCGACGGUGGCGCGGAGAGAGAACACAUUCAACGCUAGCGCAAACACAGCAGUGAGCCCCAUCAUGGAGGAGGCGGCGAUGAGCGAAGAUGCGAUUGCGCAGCUCUGCCAGCAGAUCACGCAGGACAUCGACACGAUGAACACAGACGGCACGCGGAUGGGCUUCACCAACAAUGUCGUCAGCCAGUUCGACCCGCUGGUGGCUGGAGGAGAUACGACUGUCAGGUCCCCCCCGUGGCAGGUCAACUAUCCUGCAAACCCCAACCCAUCGGAUCCAUUCAACUCUAAGUGGGCAGCAUCAUCUGUGCAACCAGCGAGCAGCACCAAUCCGUUUGUCACUAGUCACCAGCCGUCCAACAUAAAGGCCUUCACCGUGCAGAUGUGACGCCUGCAAAUGCAGAGUUUUGUACAUACGACACCCGAACGCCAUUAGAACGGUGAUGCUAACACAGAACGUGCGCGUUACUAAGCAAGCGUGUAUAGGCACUGCUCGCGUUACUGUAGCAUGCCCACGUGUAGAGAGAGAUGCCCCUGCCGAUUGCAAAACAUUCCGUGGACUAUGAUGGUUAUGAUGAAGGACGCCAUUACUGGUCGGCUUUACGAUCACGUUCGGUUGCCUUGCAGCUUCGUGGGGAAAGAUCCCGACAGCUUAAGUCUGGCGCACAUUGCCGAACAUUUUCCCGAACAAAUGUUUUUGUCUGGCAAUGUGCGGGUGAACAAUUGUUGA